AACAGUAGUAGCCAAACUGUUGGGAAAGAUGUGUGGCUGUACCUCUAGUACCGAGACUACCUCAUAUUCUCCAAAUCAUCCAAAGGAUGUUUCUUCAACCAAAGUUUCAAAAAAACGCAUUCCAAUUUCCAAGCAGUUGUCUUCUAUAAAGGCUCUAGGAAAAAGUUCUGAGCUAGAAAAAGCUGUGGCUACAGCAACCUUGGUUUAUGAUAAUGCGGCAGAUGCUGAGGGCAAACUCAGCAAAUCUGAAGCUAAGAAGCUGCUCCUAAUUCAGUUUACACAUUUUAUACAGGGUCAAGAAACCAAACCAAAGUACCAGGAAAUGAUGUCUGCUCUUGAUGAGAACAAGAAUGACAAAAUCGAUUUUGAAGAUUUUAUGGUUCACGUAGUUAGCCUUACCUUGAUGUCUGAUCUGCGGCAAGAUAUUCAAAAUGUGCAGAAAACUAAAUGAUUAAGAACAUCAAAUAAAU